AUGACAGAUGAAGGCACGACAGCAAAGCUUCAAGCGAACAUCGAAUCUCUUCCACUCGCCGACCAACGCGCAGUCAACUCAGUAUGGUCGAUCUUCUCCUACUCACCACACGCGCGCCGCGGCCUGAUCCUGCAAGGGAUUUUGACGAUGUGCUGCUUCUUGCAGCUCUCCCUACUCUCCUCCGCACUAGCUUUAGCGAUCCGAAUCGACCCAUUCGGCCUCUUCCCCCGCGAGGUCUCCCUCCGCGUGCUGGGCUUCACAGACGCGAUCACGCUCGGGCGCGCAGCGCAGGCCAGUCGAAGUUUGAAGGAGCUAGCGGACGAUGAUUUAUUGUGCGAGCAGCACAUUGAGCGAAAGUGUGAAAAGUGCGGGUGGGGUUUGCCCUUGUUGAACGACAAGAAGAGGAGACGAGCAGCUGCUUCGAAUGCAGCUGUUGCUGCAAAGAGACCCUCGCCUACUGCUCCUACGCCGGGCGCAUCAUCCUCAGCACAAUCCACAGCAUCGCAGUCGCAAGUCUUGAAUGGCACAACAGCCACAAGUGGCAAUCUGAAGCGCAGCAUCACAGCGACAGCGAACGCAGCUGCGCUCGAGAAGCGCAAUUCACUUUCUCGGCCUCCAUCGCCUUCUCCACCUUCACAUUCCAACUAUCCUCCAGCAACAUCAGAAACACAUUUUCAGCAGCCUCCAGCCAAGCGCCAAUUGAUGACUCGCCCCUGGAAGUCGGUCUACUGUGAACGCUGGAUGAUCGAGCGCAACUGGCGAGGCGGGCGCUAUUCAGUCCGGACUCUCCAUGGGCACACAACGGGAUCAUCGCACCCAUCGUUCCUCGUCCUCCUCAGCGGCAGCUACGAUCGCACACUUCGGGUUCUCAAGGGGCAUACGAGGCGGAUUCGAUGUCUCCAAUUCGACGAGAUGAAACUCAUCACGGGAAGCAUGGACAGAACGCUGAAGAUUUGGAAUUGGAGGGCUGGAGAGCUGAUCAGGACACUGGAGGGCCAUACCGCGGGUAUUGUCUGUCUUCAUUUCAACGACGAGGUCCUGGCUUCUGGUAGCCAAGACUCCGACAUCAAAUCGUGGUCGGGGCCGAAAAGCCCUCCAGCAACUUUCCUCUUCUCUGCGUCGGAUGACUGCACGAUCCGCCUUUGGGAUUUGCAAACGAGCGAGUGCAUCAUGUCAUACGAUGGACAUGUCGGGCAGGUGCAAAGCAUCAAGCUUGUUAUGCUGGAUGACGAUGCCGUCCUCAAGCUCUCUAAGGGUACAGCUGCCGGCCUCGUGCCUCCUGCUCCUUACGACGUUGAGAUGAGCGACAUUGAUGGGGGCUUCUCUGCAAUGCAAGCCGAGAUUGAGCAGCGGUCGCAGAAUGCGCCUUCCUCUCGGUUCGGCUUUGGAGAAGGUGAGGCGGAAAGCAGCAAGAACCGCUCCAAGUCAAAGUCUCCCAGCCGGAGAGCUUGCUCGAAGGCUCGCCCGGUACUGCUAUCGGGUCCCUGGGACAAUACGCUCAAGAUCUUCGAUGUGCGCACCGGGAGGUGUAUCAGAACACUCUUUGGCCAUGUUGAAGGUGUCUGGAGCGUCGAAGGCGAUAAGCUCCGGAUCGUCAGUGCGAGUCACGACAGGACAAUCAAGAUCUGGGAUAGAGAUACCGUGCUGCGUCAAAGCACGCUCGUCGGUCACCGUGCUGCAGUCACCUGCGUCGCCCUUGGAGACGACAAGAUCGUCAGUGGUAGCGAUGACUCCGAAAUCAAGAUUAGAUGUUUCAGUUAA